CUUUAAGAGACGCGGCCGCCGGGACCGACCCAGACGCGGACUGCGCCGGGACUCGCCGUCCGGGGACUCACGCAGUCUGCAGCGCUCCGGCUCCACCUCUAGCGACCGCCCUCCGCAGCGAUGGACGGAGACGGUGACCCAGAGAGCGUGGGCCAGCCGGAGGAGGCAAGCCCAGAGGAGCAGCCGGAGGAGGUGAGCACCGAGGAGGAGCGGCCGGAGGAUCAGGAGGAGGAGGAGGAGGAGGAGGCUGCGGCCGCGUACCUGGACGAGCUGCCCGAGCCGCUGCUGCUGCGCGUGCUGGCCGCGCUCCCGGCCGCCGAGCUGGUGCAGGCCUGCCGCCUGGUGUGCCUGCGCUGGAAGGAGCUGGUGGACGGUGCCCCGCUGUGGCUGCUCAAGUGCCAGCAGGAGGGGCUGGUGCCCGAGGGCGGCGCGGAGGAGGAGCGCGACCACUGGCAGCGGUUCUACUUCCUAAGCAAGCGGCGCCGCAAUCUGCUGCGCAACCCGUGCGGGGAAGAGGACUUGGAAGGCUGGUGUGACGUGGAGCAUGGUGGGGACGGCUGGAGGGUGGAGGAGCUGCCUGGAGACAGUGGGGUGGAAUUUACCCAUGAUGAGAGCGUCAAGAAGUACUUCGCCUCCUCCUUUGAGUGGUGCCGCAAAGCACAGGUCAUUGACCUGCAUGCCGAGGGCUACUGGGAGGAGCUACUGGAUACGACUCAGCCGGCCAUCGUGGUGAAGGACUGGUACUCUGGCCGCAGCGACGCUGGCUGCCUCUACGAGCUCACCGUGAAGCUACUGUCCGAGCACGAGGAUGUGCUGGCCGAGUUCAACAGCGGGCAGGUGGCAGUGCCCCAAGACAGUGACGGCGGAGGCUGGAUGGAAAUCUCCCACACCUUCACUGACUACGGGCCGGGCGUCCGCUUCGUUCGCUUCGAGCACGGGGGGCAGGACUCCGUCUACUGGAAGGGCUGGUUCGGGGCCCGGGUGACCAACAGCAGCGUGUGGGUAGAACCCUGAGCAGCCCUGCCUCCACCCUCCCCCAGCUGCCUGGAGGGGCACAGGCUGGGGAUAGAUAGGCCUUCACUUAGUCCAUAGCGUCCUCACCUUCCCCAGACCACACAUCCUCUUGCUCCAAGCCCAGCCCCAGAGCGGAACAGUGGGGGAGAGGUUUUGUUGGCAUAGUUUUGCUUAGCCGGCUUCUAGAAUGUAGCUCCGGGAGGGUGUGGGCUUGACUGGACCCACUGCUGAAUCCCCUGCACGCAGCACAGGGCCUGCCACAAAGUGGGCUCUCAAUAAAUAUUAUUUGUCCAAGGAA